AUGCCAAAAGUACGAAGAAGCAAGAAACGACCACCAGAAGGAUGGGAUUUGAUCGAAGAAACGCUGGAAAGUAUGGAGCAGAAGAUGCGAGAAGCCGAGACCGAACCACAUGAAGGAAAACGAAUAAAUGAAUCACUUUGGCCUAUUUUCAAAAUUCAUCAUCAAAAAUCCCGAUACAUCUAUGACAUGUACCAUCGUCGCAAAAUCAUAUCACGAGAACUUUAUGAGUAUUGCCUGAAAGAAAGAAUUGCUGACGCCAACCUCAUCGCAAAAUGGAAGAAAUCAGGAUAUGAGAGCCUCUGCUGUUUAAGAUGCAUUCAAACUCGUGAUACUAACUUUGGAACAAAUUGUAUUUGCCGUGUACCCAAGGCAAAGCUUGAAGAGGGAAAAAUCGUCGAAUGUGUGCAUUGUGGUUGUCGUGGAUGUUCUGGAUAA